GCUCUGGGCCUAGGCCGCUGGCCCUGCCCCACCGUCCUCCAAGUCUGAUUGACAGUAUCUCUCAAGCAUGUCAAUAGCCAUUGAAGUGCAUCGGGUACGUAUGAUUUGCUCACACUUUUCCUGUGAGAUACGCCUUAGCUCUGUACUCACACCCUCAGUAUUUAAAUUGAAGACUGAGCUCACGAGUUCUUCGUUCCCACCCGCUCCCAACGAUCUCUGAAAACAACCAAGUCAUCCGAGUAUGAGCACGUCCAUGUCCGCGGCACACUGGGGUUCCCCUAUUGCUUCCAAACGCGCUCUGCUCAUUCAUGGGCUGACUAUGUCCUCGAAAUCAUGGGAGGGCAUCGCUCAGCUAUUAGUAGCAGAAGGGUUCUUCGUCGUUGCGCCGAAUCUUCUCGGGCAUGCAUGGAGACGGGGAACCGAUUAUCGUAUAUCCACCCUUGCAGAGGACCUUCGACCAUAUUUCGCCAUGGACACGUCCUACGACGUGAUUAUAGGUCAUUCUCUUGGUGGUUUAGUGACCUUGUCACUCUUGCCAUUCUUGCCCAAGACGAAAGAAACCACCGUCAUACUCGUUGAUCCCCCCCUCGAGCGUACGGGGGAGCAGUUCAACAAGAGUAAAAACAGGUUUUUGAAGGAGAUUGAGGAUGUCAAAACUGCUGACGAGCACAUGGCUGAGCAUCCUACUUGGUCUCGGGGUGACAGCAUGUCAAGAGCGCUAGGAGUCUACAUGUGCGAUCGCACUGUUGUUGAGGGGAUAUUUGAGCAUAACACGCCUUGGUCUUUCAGCGGCCUGUUGAAAAACAUCCCACCUCACGUGAAGAUCGCCUUAUUGACAUCAGAUCCGGAGCGGGGUGGCGUUUGUCAUUUGGAGCACGUCCCUCGUAACGUGAAAACCAAAGUUUUUAUCGGAAUUGGCCACUGGAUUCAAUACGAGUGUCUGGGUGCUAUCAUGGAUGAAGUUCCGCUACCCAGAGCAAAAAUUUGAGCCGAGCACUUGAAAAGAGAUGGGUUUCCGCGGCGCGGUUUUCGUCUGCAAUCAUCCCAUUCAGAUACACUUGCUAUUGAUAUUCUCCCAGACUAUGUUGCCCGAAUUACCCAUUUUUGCGACAAUUGCAAAGUUCCC